UUUGCUUUGUGAUAAUUUUAUUUUGUAGGUAUUAUUUUAGAUCUAAAUCAAUUGAAGACUCAGGAUGCACAGGUUGGACGAAAAUUUCUAUCUACGAAAAUGUUAUUUUCAACGCGAACAGGUCCCGACACAAACCGUGAUGAGGAAGAAAAUGUGUUCGAACCUGGCGCAGGUUUACUUCGACUCCAUGAGCGCUCGGCUGAAGGCGCUGGCGGGACUCGAACCCGCGCUAGACGGCGGCGGCGGCAACUGGUUCAUGCCGCCUGAAGAACUGCUGAAAGGCAGAGCCGUCAAGAAACCAUGCCCUAAAGAAUGCCUCUCCAAACUAGGCCAUAAAGGCAUCGAACUGAUAACACAGAAACUAUUCGAAGAUCACAAGAAAAGUUUGCAGCAAGAAAUGAAAGACGCGCUAGAGCAAAAUGAUAGAGAGUGGAUGAAGUUGAUAGACGAGGAGCUCGCCCGCCUGCGCGCCGUGACCGAGCGGCAGCUGGCCAGAGAAAACACAGAGAAAAUUACUGCGGCUUUCAAGGAGUUCGAACUUAUGUACAGAUCCUCCCUCAACAAUCUGGAGAGCAUCAUGAUGGAUGCCGUCGUCAAAGAAAUAGAAAAAGUGCGGGAGGCAGCCUAUGCUGAAAUGGUGGAUAAGUACAAGGUAGCUCUGAAGGACCAGGCGAUCAUGUUGUACGACAGACACACGAAGCGACUCGCGCGCGACCAGGCGCGCGCUAAAGACAGGUUUGUGGACGAGGUCCAGCGCCUCAGCACCGCUAUGACCCGUACGGCGCACGACCUCAAGGUCGACAAACACAUCGCCGUACAGAAACUACGACACCUCCUCGAGUGCCAGAAACUAGCCUGCCAGAUGUACGUCGCGCUCAAAGAGCAACAAGACUGCCAAAAGGAAAUAGACGAAAUACAACACGAGCAGGAAAAAAAAACUAAACUCCUGAAAGACGAAAUCGCGCUGCAAACAUUGGAAAUCAACAGGCUGAGAGAAAAGGAGAAAGUCCGGGAGGAAUUCAACGCGAUAUGGCGGCGAAAAGUGUGCCAUGUCGUGAAGAAGCUACAGAUGUUUAUUAAGUACUGCCUGAGGACGGUGCCGGAGCACGCGGAGUUCUUCAUUAACAUGGAGACGCUGAUGCUGCUGCAGCUCGGGGAGAGCUACGACAGCGUCGGAGAAGGCAGCAGCGUGUUCGAGCAGACAGAGUCUGAGUCACAGAGGAAGUUCAACACUCCCGUGCCGCAUCUGAGGCCCUUCAUACUCCUGGGUGACGUCGGCCGCAAGCCAGUCAUAGAUGAGACCCUGUGCCCGCCCAGCCGCGGUAGCAGCGUGGCUCACAUGCCCGUAGUACUCAUCAACAAGCACUGCCUUUACGCCGCAUGCGAUCAAAUGGAACAUCUCAAAGACACAAUAAGUGAAUACAUCCAGGGUCGUGUGGAGUACGAUAUAGGGUCGGACCGCGAGCACCCCUGCGCCCGCCCCGUCUCCGUCACCCCCUCGCAGCGCCUGCAAGACCUGCAGCUUCAGGGCUCCCUCAUGCAGAUCCUGCAGCAAGAGGAGGCAGCCAUCAGGGAUGUCCCGGUCGAGUGCUGUCUCUGCAAGUUGCCGUUCUGCUUCUGCGAACCGCCGAAGACAACUGAGCCAUCCGUCGCUAGUGCGUCUGUAUCCGAAAUUAAAAUUCCCUCAAAAACUAUAUUACGCAGAAGUCAAGAGCUGAUGCACGAACGCGAGCCGAAGAUAGAGAGUUACAUGCAGUAUGUGAAGCCCACUAAAUGUGAGUGCCCCAAAAUUGCCAAGAAGCAUUUGAAGGAGCAUCUUCCUCCGUACAUGAGGAUGACGUCUCGCUAUGCUCAGCCAGUUAUACCUAACUACGAGCCAUGUCCAGUGGAAACUAUAAAGAUGUUGGUAGAAAGAUCCAGGAACAGACCUCCUCCACCACCAGUUGAGGAUCUAGAACCUAAAACUAAAGAGGUAGCCGUUCAAAUAUCUGAUAUAGAGUUCGAUACUUUAUGCACUUGUUUCUCGGAAGAUGAGUUACGCAAGAUGUGUCGUGAGAUCAGGCACGGUAUAAAAGCAACUGAGGCGAAACAGCAGAACUUCGAAUUGGUAGAAGCAGCCUUCAGUCCAGUGCCUUCCUAUAGUAGUAAGAAGCUCGCGUCUUUUGCAAUGGACAAUGCGUGGACAUUGAGGCGGAUGGUGCACAAGUCGCCGGAACUUGAGGAAAUAUUCAUGAAGGAAGACUGCGAUGAUCUGCCACCGAAGAAGACUUGUGCGGAUACUCGAGAUGCUUUCUGACAACUAUAUAUCUAAAUAUUAGCUCACCUCUAUAUUAUUCAUAAAUACUUGUUUUACAAAGUAGAUAGCCUGCCUUACGUGAAAUGAAUACAGAAUGGAUUUUACUCAGUGAUCGGUCCAAAUAGAAAGCAUGAUUUAUUUGAAACA